AUGCAUAUACCAUCACUUUCUUGUACAAGUUUUAUUUUGUAUCAUUUUAAAUGGAAUCAAAUAGUUAGUCAAAUAUUCGGUGUUCUUCUCGUUGUUAAUGGUUUAAUUAUUUUUGCUGAAUUACCAUUUACACUUCAAUAUCUAUAUCAUGGUCAAUUGUAUAAUGAAAGAUUAUGUCCUGCUUGGGUAUUAGUUAAUUAUACAUUAUUUAUAUUAAGUAUUAUUCUCACAGCAUGGACAUCAAUUGAACGUUAUCUAUUUAUCUAUCAUGAUCUAUUUAUAGCUCGACAGCGAAUUUUGUUACAUUAUAUUCCUAUAAUAUUGUUUUGUAUAUAUACACCUUCAUUUUACGUAGGUCUAGUAAUCUUUUAUCCGUGUGAACAAGCAUAUAGUCUAUAUAAUUAUAUUUGUAGUGGUCCAUGUUAUCUAUUUGAAAGUGUACCAUGCUUGAUUGAUUGGUGUACUAAUGUAGUUAUUGUUGCAACAAGUCUUGCAUAUCAUAAGGUAUUUAUUGUCUCAUCCAUAACAAUUGAUGAUGGACUAAUUGUUGCUAACAUAUAUGUUUUAGCAUCAUCACCAAGACUAUUUUUUAAUAAAUAUGUUAAACUUGAAUUACGAUGUGGUAAAUGGUAUUGUUGA